CAGAGAGAGAGAGAGAGAGACAGAGGGAGAGAGACAGAGGGAGAGAGAGGGAGAGAGAGACAGAGAGAGUGGAAGAACAGAAUUUAGAACUCCACACAUGCACCCAGAGGAGACACGCCAACGUGCUAAGCUAAAGCCACUCGGCUACCACAGGGUGAGUGUUUUUACUGAUCUUUAUCCAACCCCUCCUCCUCCUGUCUUUUUGUUGUUGUUCCUUUUUCUUGGAAUGGAUGACACAGGGAAGGGAGAGCUCCUGGAACUCUUUUCCCGAGGAAUGACUCACCAGAUUACAAAAAACAACAAAGGACGUUGUUGACCUGCUCUUUUUGAUGAUAAACUGUCAUAUAAUUAUAUAACUUCUUGAGCAUGUACUCAAGAAUCUCCCACAUAAGAUAGACAGAGAAAUCCUAAUGUACUGCUGAUCAGUGACAGAACAGACUAAAACUGGCAUGCUCUUUUUUGUUCUUUAUUUGAAUAGAUGUAGAUUCAAAGAUGAUCCUAUUCAGGAAGUAUUCUAAGGGGACCAGGGAUGACCAAGUGAAAGAGUUGGACCUCUUGCUUUUCUUCCGUGGAACAUGUUCUUCCUGUCCGUCCUUUUUGAUAAUCUCUCAGUUUCUACCAUCAGUUACUCAACUGUUCUUCUUCUUUGGAAAUAACUAAGUAAUUCAUAAACAAACUAUUAUAGGAAAAUUAUUUGACUUGGUGACGUUGUGUCAUAUGAUUUCAGAAGAUGGGCUCUGACCCCUUCAAGAUCACCUGACCUGAUUGGACCAACCAGAUGUUCGAGGCGCCAACCAAUGUCUCUGGCAGGGUAAAACUAGGAACUAUAACAUCUUGAUCCACUAGAAGGACCUUUUUAAAGUUGCCCCUCUCCCCCCCACUUCCUUCUGGUGGGGGGGAGGGCAUAGCAGUUAGCCUAUCACAGCUCAGGACUUGUACCUUCGUUAACCAGUUAGUCUAUCACAGCUCAGGACUGGUCCCUUCGUUAGACUGUUAGCCUAUCACAGCUCAGGACUGGUUCCUUCGUUAGCCAGUUAGCCUAUCACAGCUCAGAACUGGUCCCUUCGUUAGCCAGUUAGCCUAUCACAGCUCAGGACUGGUCCCUUCGUUAGCCUGUUAGCCUAUCACCUGUGAGGUUACUGAGACCAGGACCAGACCAGCAGCAUGGAGGCUAGUCAGGGCCAUGGCCAGGGCAGCCCAGAGAGCCCUAACCGGGCCGUGGCGUACCUCCUGGAGCUCAACAACAUCAUAGAGAGCCAGCAGAAGCUCCUGGAGACCCAGAGGCACCGUAUCGAUGAGCUGGAGGUCCAGUUAGACCGACUGGCCCAGGAGAAUAAAGACCUACGCCUGGACCGCCAGCGACCUUUACCCCCAACGCCACCCUGCCCCCCGCCACCACCCGCCAAUAAAACAAGCCACGCAGCCAUACCCUCCGUACCAGUCCGCCCGGUUCAGACCCAGUCCUAUAAUAGUACCAGAACCAACACUACAGCCAUAAUGGCCCCCGCACCCCCGCCCCCGGUACCUGUAUGGGAUCAACACACCCCUCAAACCCCCAAGACCCCCCACCGUACACCCCACCGCACACCCCAAACCCCCAAACAAAUCCCCGUCACCACCCAGACCCCGCGCACUCCGCAGACCCCGAAACGGACGCCCCACACGCGGCUGACGCGGACCAUCUCGACCGGGACGGGGACCAGCUUCGUGGAGAUGGAGAAGGAGAGACUGGACAGGAUGGAGGAAGAGAGGACAGAGAGACUUCGCAGCUCCACCUUGGGGAACCCCACCAGCCACCCACACGGCCACAGACAGUCAGAUGGACCGCCCAACAAAGAAAGUGUGGAAGAGACUCCAUGUGGCGACACGGGCAGUUUCUCCGACAUCACCUGUAGCCAGGGGCCCUACCUGGGCAGCUCCUCUGAUCACCGCUACAGCAGUGGCCCUGGCCCACCGGGCCCCCGAUCCCACCAUCACCCCCAGGGACCCCCGGUGGCUCCCCCCAGUCCUGCCUCACUGGCCUGGGCCCAGAGGACCCGGCACCAGCCUGCCAGCCUGGCGCUGCGGAAGCAGGAGGUGGAGGACAACAAGCGCUGCAAAGCCCUGUCCGACAGCUAUGAGCUCUCCACAGAUCUACAGGACAAGAAGGUGGAGAUGCUGGAGAGGAAGUAUGGCGGUUACUUCCUGAGUCGGCGGGCGGCGCGCACCAUCCAGACGGCAUUCCGUCAGUACCGCAUGAACAAGAACUUUGAGCGGCUGAGAAGCUCUGCCUCUGAGAGCCGAAUGACUCGCCGUAUCAUCCUGUCUAACAUGAGACUGCAGUACUCGUUUGACCAACGGCAGGGCCAGGGCCAGCCUGGUGAUGAAGAGAUGGAGGCUGGGUCUCCUUCACAGUGCCAGGGGGACAGAGAGGAGUACACACACCUGGACGAGACAUUCUCCAAACAGGUGAAGUCCCUGGCUGACUCCAUCGAUGACGUCCUGACCUGUCAGUCUGCUGUAGAAGACUCUCAGGAGGAGGAGGAAGGUGACGGAGGCGAGACAGGGGUGGUGGCAGACGACUUUGGAGAGUGUGUUUGGAGACCGAGGGAGGGAGACAGACAGAGGGGCGGAGGAAGAGGAGGAGGAGGAGGAGGAGGAGAGAGACAGAGCAUGCACGAGGACAGCACAGCCACCUCCUACAGCGACGUGACCCUCUACAUUGAUGACGGGCUCCCCUCCUCACCCCUGUUCCUGGACCGCGUCCCCAGCAGCACCGACACAGAGUACUGGAGCCCUGGAGUGGGUGGCGUUGGGGUGGGGGGCCGCGAGGACAGCCGGGAAACAGAGGGAGGGGGCAGCAGUAACAGCCGACGUAGCACCCCCUGUACAGAGUGUAGAGACCACAGCCUGAGAGGAUCUCACCUGCCCCUGCUGACCAUCGAUCCACCUAGCGACAGCUCUGUUGAUAUGAGUGACCGCUCGGAUAGAGGUUCGAUAGGUAGACUGGUCUACGAAACAGAGCCAGGGGGAGGUGGGGGAGGGGGAGGAGGAGGGGAAGGGGGGCCCAAGGCCAGACUCGUACUGUGCUCCCUCACCGCCCCCACCCCUCGGCCCUCCCCUCCCACCUGCCACACCACACCAUCUUACACCACCACCAUCAGAUCCCCCAUUACCCUCUACACCACCACCCCCAGCACCCCCACCACCCCCAGCACCCCCCACCACCCGUACCCCGACACUCCCUCUUCGUCCUCCCAGUCGCCGCAGGGACAACCCCUCACCCCCCUGUCUUCCUCCUCAUCCGCCACACUGCCCCCUGGUGGCCUGGAGCAGGUCUGCUGUUCUGACGGAGACAACGACUCUCUCAACUCCACCACCAACUCUAACGAUACCAUCAACUGCUCCUCCGGGUCCUCGUCACGCGACAGCCUCCGGGAGCCCCUCCCACCGCUCGGGAAACAGACGUAUCAGAGAGAGAGCAGGCACAGCUGGGAUAGCCCCGCCUUUAACAACGACGUGGUCCAGAGACGACAGUACCGCAUCGGACUCAACCUGUUCAACAAGAAGCCAGAGAAGGGUAUCCAGUACCUGAUAGAGAGAGGCUUCGUAUCGGACACCCCAGUAGGCAUCGCCCGCUUCAUCCUGGAGAGGAAAGGACUGAGCAGACAGAUGAUAGGGGAGUUCCUGGGCUGCAGGCAGAAACAGUUCAACAAGGACGUACUGGAUUGUGUGGUAGAUGAGUUGGACUUCUCAAGGAUGGAUCUGGAUGAUGCCCUCAGGAAGUUCCAGGCCCAGAUUAAAGUGCAGGGGGAGGCCCAGAAGGUGGAGCGACUGGUAGAGGCUUUCAGUCAGCGGUACUGCGUGUGUAACCCGGUGCUGAUCCGACAGUUCCAGAACCCCGACACCAUCUUCAUCCUGGCCUUCGCCAUCAUCCUCCUCAACACAGACAUGUACUCUCCCAACGUCAAGCCAGAGAGGAAGAUGAAGCUGGAGGACUUCAUCAAAAACCUCAGAGGAGUGGAUAAUGGUCAGGACAUUCCCAGAGACCUGUUAGUAGGGAUCUACCAUCGGAUAGAGAAAUGGGAGCUACGCACCAACGAUGACCAUGUGUCUCAAGUACAGGCUGUGGAGAGGGUGGUAGUCGGCAAGAAGCCUGUGCUUUCGCUGCCCCACCGCAGGUUGGUGUGUUGCUGUCAGCUGUACGAGGUGCCUGACCCUAACAGAAGCCAGAGGACUGGAGUCCACCAGAGAGAAGUCUUCCUCUUCAACGACAUGCUUAUGGUAACCAAGAUCUUCCAGAAGAAGAAGACGUCUGUAACAUAUAGUUUUAGACAGUCCUUCCCGCUGGUCGAGAUGCAGGUCCACAUGUUCCAGAACCAGUACUAUCCCCACGGUAUUCGUCUGACGUCGGCCAAUCCUGGCGGGGAGAGGAAGGUUCUGAUUGUAUUAAACGCUCCAAGUCAGCAGGACAGAACACGCUUCACCUCCGACCUGAGAGAGAGCAUCACUGAGGUGCAGGAGAUGGAGAAAUACAGGGUGGAAUCGGAGUUGGAGAAGCAGAAAGGGGUGAUGAGACCUGUUGUGGGCGGGGCUGACGGUGAUGGUCCGGGUGGUGGCUUGAAGGGCGAGGCGGUGAAUGGUACUCUGGGUCGACCCUGUCUGGAUGACAGCUAUGCUUCCGCAGACGGACUCAAACGUACCGCGCUCAGCUCAUCACUGAGAGACCUAUCAGACACAGGGAAGCGGGGCCGCCGGAACAGUGUUGGCUCUUUGGACAGUACCAUGGAAGGCUCCAUCAUUAGCAGUCCCCGGCUUCACCAGCGCCCCCACAUGGCUGGAGGUGUAAUGCCACCCGGCUGCUAUGACAUCCAAGACUACCGGCCUCACCGCCCCAUCCUGAGCCCCGGAACGGGGGUGGGGGGUGGGCCGGGGCUAAAUCAUCACACCGCUACUGGGACGACGGCACUGGGUCCCAGCAGCGGAGACCGAGGGGGGACGGGAGCCCCGGGGAGCGGGUCUGGAGGGGGAGGGGGCAGUGGAGGAUCCUUCCUGGGUUCCCUGUUCGGGAGCAAGCGCUCCAGCACCAAGCCCCCUGGUCCUCUCACCCCUCUCCUCCCACCUGGGCUGCCACACUACCCUGCACCUGUCCCCCCGCCCACCACCGGCGGCCCGCCCCCACACUCCCCCUCCUCCCUCACCCACUCCGACCCAGGAGGGCCCUCCAAGAUCCAGGCCCUGCACGCGCAGUACUGCCACAACAGUAUCGCAGGGCAGCAGCCUCCUCCACCCUACCACCACCACCAUUGCUACCACGCCCAGACAGGGCCCGCUCCCAGCCAGCCCUCCUCCACCGCCCAGGGGGCUCCUGGGCCUCAUACCAUCCACAGGGGCCCCAUGGUGGGGGUCCCCAAGCGGCCGGGCCCCGGUCCCGCUCCCUCCCACCCCCAGCUCCAGCAGCUCUCCCAGGUGCAGCAGCAUGGUGUACAGGGUCACGGGGGGCGCUAUACCAACAUGGGGGUUUCUAUGGGGGUAGGCUGCCCCACUCCACCCCUUUCACCACAUCCCCCUCACUCCCCUCACCCACCUCACCCCCCUCACUCCCCGGUGCCCGCACCCCUUACCCUCUACCACACAUACUCCACACACGGUCGGGGAAGUGGAGGAGGCGCCAAGCUCCCUCUUACUCUCUCACACUCACAGCCCCACCCUCACGCCCACGCCCACGCCCCUCAUCAUACCGCUCUUACCCACAACCACAGCCCCCACCCCGGCCUGUCCCACAGCCCCCAUCCCGCUCAACACUCCCAGCACCAGACUCACUUCGUCUUCGCUGCCCCGCCGCCCCAGACCCCCGUCGCCCGGCACAUCACCCAGGCCGCCGCCCACGGCCAAUACCACCCUCAGUACCCCCCGCUCUCCUCCAUACCCCCUCCCCCUUCACAUUCCCCUUUACCCCCCCCUUCCUCCCCCAAUACCCCUCUCUCCCCCUACUCCCACCCCCUCCAGCAGCAGCCCGGUCAGCCGCCCCAGCUCCAGGGGUCUGGCGGGGGCAGCGGCAGCAGCACGGGCACGGGGAGCACCAGCAGCUCCAAGUCCAAGCCUAUCAACCGCAUCAGCACGGUGGUGUGA